GGGACAGUGAAACUCAAAGCUCGCCUUAUAAUGGUGUUUAUAUUCACAGUGACUGUGGGUGCUGUGUUCAUGCUUACAUCGUUAUGGAUACUGCUGUUCUGCUUCCCAGGAAAAAGAAACCAACUUACAAAGGAAGAUCCCAAAAGAUAUCAUUCAAAAGCUGUUUGGUCAAGACUUCUCCACUUCGUCCAUCAGUUCUCUCCAUGUUCUCCUUCUCCCACCCUUCCUGGCCCCCUCUCUCUCCCUCUGCUGGGAAACCUGUUGGAGCUGGCUCAUGAGCACCUGCCAAGUCACCUGACCUUCCUGGCAAGUCGCUAUGGCAACAUAUACCGUCUGAAGUGUGGCAACACCACCAUGGUGGUGUUAAACAGUGGUGACAUCAUCAGAGAAGCCUUGGUUAAGAAAUGGUCGGACUUUGCAGGGAGACCACAUUCCUACACUGGAGAUGUGGUGUGUGGAGGAGGACGCUCCAUCUCUCUGGGAGAUUACAGCGAGGAGUGGAGGGCCAAUCGCCGCCUGGCCCACAAUGCACUCCAGCGCUCCUGCCAGGAGUCACUUGAAGGAGUCAUCCAGAAACAGGCACUCCAUCUGAGACAGGUGCUGUUGGAUUAUAAUGGAAGAGCUGUGGACCUCUCUGAGGAUUUCACGGUAGCAGCCAGCAACGUCAUCACCACAUUGGCCUUUGGGAAACAGUACGAGAAGAGUUCAGCUGAGCUGCAGCGUCUGCACGGCUGCCUCAAUGCGAUCGUGUCCCUGUGGGGCUCCCCAUGGAUCUCUGCUCUGGACUCCUUCCCCCUCCUCAGGAAAUUUCCCAAUCCUCCGUUCACUCGUCUCCUGAAAGAGGUGGCAAGGAGAGACGACAUCAUCAGAACACACCUCAAUGAGUACAAGAUGCAGGCCCCGGGCAAAGCAUCUGAUGGCGCCAUCGCCAUCACAGGAUCUCUUCUCCAGGGACUAGGAAAGCCCCAGAGAGGAGUGGUCCUGACAGACACCCACGUUCACAUGGCCACUGUGGACCUUCUCAUUGGGGGGACAGAGACCACUGCAGCCUGGCUCAGCUGGACCGUGGCCUUCCUUCUGCACAGGCCCGAGGUGCAGAGCAGGGUACACGAUGAGCUGUGCACGACGCUGGAGGGCCGAUACCCUCAGUACAGUGACAGGCACAAGCUGCCAGCGCUGUGUGCUGUGAUCAGUGAGGUCCUGAGACUCAGACCGGUGGCUCCGCUGGCCGUACCUCACAGGGCCAUCCGGGACAGCAGUAUUGCAGGCUAUUUUAUUCCUAAGAACACGGUCAUCAUCCCUAAUCUGUUUGGGGCACACCACGACCCUGCUGUGUGGAGGGAUCCUUAUGCCUUUAAACCAGAGCGCUUCCUGGAGGGCGGUGGGGCCUCGGCACGUGCUCUCAUGGCUUUCGGUGGGGGUGCACGGCUGUGCCUCGGGGAGGCUGUGGCCAAAAUGGAGCUGUUUCUGUUCACCGCCUACUUGCUGCGCGAUUUCCAGUUCGUGCUUCCUGAAGGCCAGGCUAAUCUGCCAGACCUGACGGGAGUGGCCAGUGUGGUGCUUAGAGCCAAAGCCUACAAAGUUGUAGCACGUGCCAGACCGGGGGCUUGACUUCACACUGAAUGUGCUGUGACCCCAUUACAUCGGUUUCAAUCCUUACGAUUUAGAAACAUUAUUACCGAAAGGAUGUGUACGAUUGUGUAGUAACAGAAUAUAAUAAGAACUGUUUUCUCCUACUGAAUGUUUUCUCUUCUCGCAGAAAACAGAUGAAUUUCCGACGUUCUACAUAUGAACCAAUGACAGUUUAUUUAGAAUGCUAAUUUAUUUGUUAGAAUAAAGGGAUUAGAUCCUUGGAGGAGAGGUCAGGGGUUAAGGUCAGGGGUUGUAGGGUCCUACUCCUUCGGCAGUGCUGUAACAAACGUCUGGGGUUUGCUAAGAAUCUUCAUCAGGUUCCUCGACAUGUAAUAAGGCUUCUGAACUGUUCCAUCAUUCCUCUCAAGAUCUUCCACUGUGGAAGA